CAACGCACUCACAUUCAGUCGACUACCGGCAGCCAAGCACGAUGGGAGAAGAGGAUUACCGUGAGGACGAAUCUCGACCACGCAAGAGAUGGACGUUGGAGCAGUUGAAAAGCGGCAACACGUUCCUGUCGAUGCAGGCCGCUACCAACAAGUUCGACUCCCAGAGUGGAAUGACGGCACCUGGAAUGCCAAGAUGGAAUAUCGUUCGUGAUAAACAGCUCGGUUAUAUUGAACCUGAUCGCCGUUCGGAGAAUGUUCUGCGAGUACAAUGCGGAACAAAUCAGUAUGCAUCCCAAAAAGGUGAAACGCCAAUCGGAGCAAGUCGAUUCCAGGUACCAAAAGUGUCCUACAAGAAGGAAUGGGAAACCAUUCUGGACAAAGAAGGCGAGAAAAUUAUUCCAAAACAAUCUGGAGAUUAUGGACUCGCUACACAGGCUGGAGAGGUGUCUAUGGGAGCACAUCGUAAUCAAGUGGCAAACGUGCGCGGACGUCUUCCGCAUGAUCGCCGCACCCAUGGAGUGCUGGUUUUCCAAAAUGGAACGAACAUCUUCGCUUCUCAAACGGGAAUGUCAGCUCCGCCCGGUAUCGGCGCCGUACGACAAGCGACACAGCGAAUUGAAGGCUUGGAUAUGACGGAGGACCAACAACGUCGUGGUACCGAGUUUACUCCGUGGUACUCAGGUCAGAACAAGUUCGCAACCCAAGCCGGUAGCGGAGGUUUCCUAAAAGUUCGAGACGUUCUUCCUCAUACCGUGGGUGGCAAAGAGAUUGAAGAGGACAUGAAGCAGAAGUCCGAAGGAAUUGUUCCUCUUCAAUCUGGUACCAACAAGUUAGCCUCUCAGAGAGGAAUGACUGGCUUCGGUACGCCAAGAAACACUAUGUUGAAAUCUGGAUGGAAGAAGGAAUGGAUUGAGGAGUACGAGUUGGCGCUGAAAGAGUGGGAGGAGUCCAAACCGCCAGGUAGUGCGUCCAGCGCCGAUCCUUUCGGACACUACAAGAAGAAGUUCGAGGAAAGGGAGUCAUCGCGCCAAUCAGAAGUUGACACUCAGUCGAAGGCUGCAGAAGAAGAGAAGGAGGAAGAAGAAGAGGAGGAAGAGGAAGAAGAAGAGGAAGAAGAGGAGGAGGAAGAGGAGGAGGAAGAAGAAGAGUAGACUAUUCGAGUCCACUUUCCCCUUAAAAACCUAUUUCAUUGAUCGCCUGUAUAAAAUGACGUAGUCAUUGAGCGCACAUCUAUGUGUUACGUAACUAUGCGACCAUUUUCUGUAGUUGUGCUAUGGCAGUUGAAAUACAUCUUUGGAGACCGAUGUUGAACAGUUCAAGAUCUGAGUGUAGUUACAACAUUGUGACAGUAAAUAAAUAAUAAUCAGUA